AUGUCGGAACAUCCUGCAUUCACCAUGGCCGGCCUUUGCUCGGUGGGCGGCCUCAUCGGUUUCGCUAAAACGAGGUCGAUCCCUUCGCUCGUGGCGGGCGUGGGCGUGGGUGCGCUGUACGCACUCGCUGCCACGCGCAUCAAGAACGGCGGCGACUACGGCUACGAGGUCGCCGCAGGCGCCAGCGCGUUGCUCCUCAGCAGCUCAGCUCCGCGCUUCCGAAAGGGACCCGUCCCCAUGGGCCUCACCCUCACCUCCGCCCUCGCCCUCGCCUACUAUGGUAAAAAGGUGUACGACUUCCGACAGUAA